AUGAAAUAUGCUUUAACAAAUUUGACUAAAGAAAAAAAUUAUCCAAAUGACAAUUAUAAUAAUGUGUGUAAGUCACAGGAUAACUCCUUUAUUUUAAGAAAGAAAAAGAAAAAUUGUAAACUUAUAUCUUAUUUAAAAAAUGAGUCUAAAAUUCAUUAUCUCUUUUCAAAUAAGGAAAAUAUAAAAUCACCUCACGCUUUAAAUAACAAUGAAAAUAUGAAAAGAACUCAAGUGAGUGAAAAGAAAACAAAUGAAAACAUUUCUAGUAAUAUGUCUAAUUCGGGAUGCUUAUUAAAACAUGAUAAUAUAAAAUUUGGUGUCACAUUAAAAAAUAUAAAAGACAUUACUCAUAUCAAUAAUUCUUUUCUUAUAAACCCUCCUGGAAAAAAAAAAAAGAAAAAAGAAAAAUGUACUCUUCUUAAUAAAAUUAUUAACAAAGAUAAAAAUAAUAUUAAUGUGACAAAUAAAAAUAUUUUACUCUCUUUCAUCAAUUAA